UUUUUAAAGCGCAGGGAACCGCGCAUGCGCGCCGCCCGUGUAAAGUGAGACGGCUCUGAUGCAGCCAAGUUGUAUAGAACAGAGAAUUGUGGCAGGUGCAACUGUCAUGCAACAUUAAGGAAAGCUGCACCUGCUGAAAUAAUAUCUUCUGCAAACUAUUUCAGCUUCAGUGUUGUAACAUGGAGCCCCGGCAGGCAGUACCUUUGCUGCCUGAACAGAGUUUUGUCCGAGACACCAAACAGAACAUGGCUGAGCUCUCUCUGUGGACGGUGGUGGCUGCAAUCCAAGCUGUGGAGAGAAAGGUGGAUUCUCAUGCCACAAGGCUGCUGAACCUGGAACGGAGGAUGAUGACCAACGAGAAGAAAUACGUGGACUGUGAGAACGCAGUGGUGGACUUUGGCAAUCAAAUGGAGUGCAAGUUGACUGCUUUGGGGACCCUGAUCCAGGAGUAUGGGUUGCUGCAGAGGAGGCUGGAAAACAUGGAGAACCUUCUGAAGAAUCAGAACUUUUGGAUCCUGAGACUCCCUCCGGGCUCCAAAGGGGAAACUCCCAAGGUACCAGUGACCUUUGAGGACAACUCGGUCUACUUCUCCGAGCAGGAGUGGGGGAACCUGGAUGAGUGGCAGAAGGAGCUCUACAAGAACGUGAUGAAGAGCAACUACGAGUCCUUGGUCUCACUGGACUAUGCCAUUGCUAAACCGGACCUUCUGUCUCGGAUUGAGCAAGGAGAACGUCCCUGUGAGGAGGAGGAGGAAGAGGUCUCCAAGGACAGAGAGAUUUCUUCAGAACCCAGCCCAGAAGCGUUGGUUUUUAGGCCAGGCCUGGCCUCCCAGAUGGAAGGAGGAGAAAAUGUACAAGUUGUUGGAGACCAGGAGAAAGCUGAAGGGCGAGCAGUCCCCAGUGACCCCAGUGCUGACUAUGGAAUUGCUGAGUCCUCCUUCGGCUCCCAAGCGAAGCGGGAUCAAGAGGUGAGCCUUGAGGGCCCUGAGGUCUCUGAGGAAGGCGAACUGCGCAUCAAGCCAAGUACGGCCCUCCCAAGGGAGAAGGAGUUGAACAAAAUGGAGCAAGAGCGAGUUCCCGAAGUCCUCGAAUCGUGGAUGCCGCCCGAAUCGUCGCGGGAGAGCACCCUUCAGGGCAAAGCCUCCCUUUGCCCCGAAAUGUGGCUGGGCAGCCCUCCCGGAGAGCUGAGGGGGUUCAGCCCCAUUCAUGCCAGCCUGGCUGAGUGGCAGAAGCGCGGGGAAGCGAGGCCGUACGCCUGCCCAGAUUGCGGGCAGAGCUUUGGCUUCCGCCUCGGCCUCCAAGAGCAUCGGCAGAGCCACGGCAGCCUGGCCUCUCCGGCCUACGGCCUCUCCUCUCCCCCAAGGAGCGAGAGCCUCCUUGCGCAGUCGCUCGGGGUUCACCAGCCGGAGGAGGAAGAGGGGGACGGGGGGCUCUCCCCUACCCAGGCAGGGGAGAAGGCGUGGUCUUGCCCCUGGUGCCAGCAGUGCUUCCACCUCCGGGUCAACCUGCUGAUCCACCAGAGCAGCCACUUGGAGGCCGCCGCCCAGCUGAGCAGCAAGGACCGGCUGGCUUGCCGCUUUUGCCCCCGGCGUUUCGGCCGCUCCGACCACUUGCUGCGCCACCAGAUGAGCCACACGGGGGCCCGGCCCUACCAGUGCCCGGCCUGCGAGAAGAGCUUCACGGACAAGAGCAAGCUGACCAACCACUACCGCACCCACACGGGCGAGCGCCCCUUCCGCUGCUCGGCCUGCGGCAAGCGCUUCAUCCGGCGGCACCACUUGGUCAAGCACCAGCGGACCCACACCCGCGAGAGGCCCCACCAGUGCCCCGUCUGCCUGAAGAGCUUCAUGCAGAAGCACCACCUGCAGAAGCACGUCCGCACCCACACGGGCGAGAAGCCCUACCAAUGCAGCCGCUGUCCCAAGGCCUUCUCCUGCAGGCAGCGCCUCCUGCAACAUUCCUGCGUCUUGGCCCAGGGGGCGGCAGCGGAGGCCGCGGGAGCAGCGGCAGCAGCAGCAGCGGCGGCGGGCCCGGCCCUCUGACCCGGCGGCCGUCUUCCCCGGCCUUUGAAACAUCGAUCUACCUCCUUACUCGUUGCAGCUCGGAUGCGCUGCCUGCAAAUCCCUUUCGUCUGGAAUCUCUUGCGACUCCCUUCGCCGGACCCCGUCUUCUCUGCAAAUUCAGCAGCGCCGAGUUGCAGAGCCUGAACUGCUCCAGCAAAGGGCAGCACCUUGCCAACACCCGGCUCCUCUGCAGAUUAAUUUUAAAUGAACCAGGUACAAUUCGUUGGUGGUUAGUAGUAAACCGAUGAAGCGUGGGCCUUCCAGACAAACGAAGAUUUCUGCUUGGCUGCUUAGCCUUUAAAUAUGACACUGGGAAGGGUCUUAAUGGUGCUUUUUGACACGUGUUUAGGAAAGUGUUGUGAAUGAAUGUAAGUAUUAAGAAAACGUAGAGGUUGCCUCCAACUUUGUGGGAUUAGUUGUAUUUUUUUAAAACAUUUUACAUAGCCCUAAGGAAUAUGGUAUUAGAACUAAAUAAGGUUGAGGCCACUCUUAAUCUAAUCUAAUUUUGGAGGCUUUUGUGUUUGACCAGGCGUAGUAGCUGAUGGGGCUGGGAUUAGGCUAGCAGGAUUUAUUUUUUUUAAUUUUAAGAAGGUGAAAACGUAGGGGAUGUAUGCCUUGUUACUCUGCCCAGGCAAUAAAGGGUUAUUUAAGUUGUCUACGGAGCUGAAUUGCCUCAUGCAGCCUGAUUCUAUGCAUGUCUACUCAGGAGUAAGGUUCACUGAAUUUAAUGGGACCCAGUUCCUAGUACACAUGGUUAGGAUUUGCAGCUUUAGUCUGAUCAGUGAUAGAUCCGGAGUCCAGCAAAGUCCCUUUCUCUCAUUUAGGCGUACAAAAGAUCCGUCAGGCGUGCUGCACUGUGCAUUAUAAUUUCCACAAUGCUUUUGCUGACCUGUUGACUCACGACUCCCUGCUGCAAAGUUGGAACCAAAAUGGGCACGGAUUGAGGGAGACCACUACGUACGACCUGAGGUUUCCUCAACGCACGACGGGGCUACAACAGCACCUCCCAUGGAACGCUACAGUUGGGACUGUUUGGGAGCAAGUUUGCCCUAUUUUUUAAAUACUCCUUUAAAAAAAAAAAAAAAAAAGUUCUUUCUGCCCGAUUGGAGAUUGGUUUUAGUUUUGUGUGCAUCUAUUGGUGGACAAGUGGACAUUCUGUUUUGAGGUUUAGUUUUUCUUGUUUUGUGUCUUGGUUCCCCCCUUUUUAUAAUGUUGUAAUACUGCUAUAACAGGCUGCUUGGGUGUGUGUGUGGGGUGGGGGAAGGACCCACUG